ACCAUUGCACUAUAAAUAGAUAGCCAACCCUCACCAAGUGUACACCAAAACAAAACAAUAACCAUGAGAUCUUAUUAUUGCCUUAUUUUCUUGUAUGCUCACCUACUUUCAUCACAAAACUACUUUGCUUUUGCUUCUGCCAGUUCAACUACUGAAGCGCAAGCCCUUCUGAAAUGGAAAGCCAGCUUACAAAAUCAAACCCAGCUUAUCAACUCAUGGAUGUACCUUCCUAGUACAAAUAAUGCCACCAAUACUUCCAGCAAUCCCAAAGCAAUUGCAAACCCAUGCAUUUGGACCGGUAUCUCAUGCAAUGCUGCUGGAAGUGUCAACAGGAUAAACCUUACCAAUUAUAGUAUACAAGACAUCCCCGAUUUAUUCACUGUGAAGAUUUUUCAUGGUGGGAGGAUAAUCAAUAACAAAUAUGUGGGAGGGAGAAUUGACUAUUUUGACAACUGUGACAAAGACCCAGAUAGACCUCCUAAGAAUUGGUCUAGAUCACACUUCAACACGCAUCUGAAGUGUGAUAUUCUAGUGAAUAAUAUAUGCGAAUCAUUCAACAGCUUUAUAUUGCCUGCAAGGGGUAAGCCAAUCAUCUCAAUGUUUGAGGAGAUUAGAAUGAAGCUGAUGAAAAGGAUUCAGAUUAGAAGAGAUAAGAUGAUGAAGUAUGAAGGGAAUAUAUGCCCAAAGCCAAGAGAAAUUUUAGACAAGAACAAAGUCAAGGCUGCAACUGAUUGCAUAUCGAGAUUGUCUGGUGGUCCAUUGGUUGAAGUUGAAAGUAUCGGAGGGGGACAGUAUGUGGUGCAUCUUGAGAAUAGAACUUGCACUUGUAGGCUGUGGGACUUGAGUGGCAUUCCGUGCAAGCAUGCGAUUUCUGCAAUUCAUCACAAGAGGCACAAGCCAGAGGAUUAUGUUGACAACUGCUACCGCAAGUCUACAUACAUGCAAAUCUAUGACAACAUAAUCUUGCCAAUCAAUGGCAUGGAUCUGUGGGAAGUCUCUGAUCAAGCUCAAAUCCUUCCACCACAAUACAAUAGGCAACCAGGGAGGCCAAGAACAAAAAGAAUCAAGGAUGCAUCCGAGAAGGUGGAGAAUUCUAGCUUUAAAUUGGGGAGGGUACAGCGAUCGCUCAAGUGCAGCAACUGUCAUGUACUUGGACAUAAUAUCAAGUCAUGUCAUAGACAUUUGCCUCCUAAGGAAAAAACCAGCAAGAAAGUUUCAAAAAAAAGGAAGCUAAACUCGGGUGAAGCUUCAACUAGUGCAACACAAAGCCAGAACGUUGGACCUCAAAAAGCAAGUGUGAUUAGGAAGAACAAGUUGAGGGAGAAAGCUAAAGAAAGAGCACAGAAAGCCAAGGAACGAAGAGAUGAAAUCAAAGCAAGUGGUACUAAAGCUUCCUCUAUAGCUAGUAUCAAGGCUGCUAGAGCUGUUGCCAAGGCUUCAAAAUCUUCUAAACCCUCUCAAACUUCUACAACUUCCAAAACGGCAACAUCCUCUAAGGUUUCAACAAGUGUCAAGGCUGCGACACCAACAAGAGCAUCUGCCCGUAUUAGGAAAGUCCCAAAGAAUGUGAAUUAGAAGUGGGUUAAUUUAUGGUAAUGCAGUUCAACAAGUCUUAAAUUUAUUUUUCAAAUUGACAAACAUUGGUUGGUAAUGUUACACUCUGAUGCAACUUUUUGAGCAACCCUUUUGAUGUGUCAAUGGGUUGUAGCCUCUAAUCUUUUGAUAAGAUGAUUAGAGGUUAAAAGAUUGCCAAAAUAUGUUGUGUAAUGGGUUUUAAACAUCAGAUGUUAAUCGUGACAUAUAAGAAUGGCUUGUUGUACACUAUUU